GACGGCAAUGAGCAAUGUUUUACUUCAUGUAAUCAUGUGUUGGUGUUGGUGUUGUUGUCUACCAUUAAAAUAUGCAUAUCAGACUAAAAUCUAUAAAAUGAUUGAUAAAGAUAACUUGUCUACAUGGCAGUGAUCAAUGCCUAUAAUGUCUAGAAGAAUUGCUGGAAAGACUUUUCAGUACGAAGAUAAAUUGCCAAGUUUGCCGGUACCAAAGAUUGAAGAAACUUGUGCUAAAUAUCUUGACUCUGUGAGACCAUGUGUGAGUGAUGAGGAAUUUGCAGUUGCCCAGAGAAAUGUUAAAGAAUUUUGUCGAGUAGUGGGACCUGAUCUACAGAAAAAACUGGAAGAAAGGGCAUCUCAGUCCAAAAACUGGGUUGAAAAAUGGUGGGAGAUGUAUAGAUAUCUAAAGCCUCGAUAUCCCAUAGCACCCUUAGUUAACACGUGUGGUUCAGUAAAUACCUUUGAAGACAUCUGGCCACCAUUGGAAGGUUCACAGAUUAGCCGUUCUGCUAUUAUUUUAUAUUUUUUUCUGAAACAAUGGACUUUACUGUAUAGACAGGAAUUUCCUAUUGAUGGUAAACAUGACCCCAUAAGUAUGUCACAGUACUACAAUAUCGUUUCAUGGUGUCGGAUACCUCAAAAUGAUGCUGACUGUUAUGUUGCAUAUUUUAAACCUGCUCCAAACCUGUGUAAAACAUUUAUAACAGUUAUGAUAAAAGGAAGAAUUUACAAAUGUGAUGUGCUGAAUUCAAACUUGGAACCCAUUCCUAUUCCGGACAUGAUCACGCAACUGCGAUGGAUCGUUGAAGAUGUAGGGGGAAAGCCCUAUGGUUCUGCUGUUGGAAGUUUGACAAGUCUCAAUAGAGAUGUAUGGGCUAAGGAACGUGAUCAUAUGCUGUUAAUUCAUCCCAAUAAUUCAAGAAUAUUUACGACAAUAGAAGAAAGUCUUUUGACUCUUGUUCUCGAUGAUAGCAGUCCAAAGCAUGUUGACGAGUUGAUGUUAGCUUUGAACUGUGGUGACUUCAAGAACAGAUGGUUCGACAAAUCCUCCCAAUUGAUCGUCUUCAAAAAUGGCUUAAUUGGAUUCAAUACUGAACAUUUAGCAUUUGAUGGAAUUGUUCACAUAACUUACGUUGCUGGAGCCGUAGAAAAUGUUCGAAAGUACUGGAGUAAUCAACUAAAUGAAGAAAAGAGUGUAGAAAUGAAUACUUUCAACAUUACUGUUCCUACUCCUGUUGAGCUUGAUUUCAAAAUUGAUGAUCGUAUUCGUCUUUCUAUCGAGAGUGCUUCACUUUAUUUUCAGAAAAUGUCUUCCCUAAUCGUAAUCAGAUGCUUUUUAUGGACGAAAUACGGUAAAGCAUUCAUCAAAAAGCAUAGAUUAAAUCCUGACACAUACGUUCAAAUGGCUAUUCAACUUGCUGAUUACAAAUUACACAGAAGAGCAAGUUCAACUUAUGAAAGUGCUUCAGUAAGGCAAUUUUAUCAUGGUCGUACAGAAACGGUUCGUUCACACACAUGCGAAGUUCAGAGAUGGUGUAAAACAAUGGAGCAUUCUUUAUCCACGAGACAAAGUAAAGAAAAACUUUUCAGAGUUGCUUGUGUAAAGCAUGACGAACUAAUGAAGGAAGCUUCAAACGGUUUAGGUAUAGAUCGUCAUCUUUUUGGCUUAAAAAUACUUGCAGAAGAUGCAGGAAUUCCAAUGCCCAAAAUUUUUACUGAUGCUGCCUGGAAAAAAAGUGGCAGUGAUGGUAAUUUUAUACUUUCAACGAGCUGUCUUGGAUAUAACUCAGUCUUUGCUCUCGCCUGGCCAAUGGUUGAAGAUGGUUAUGGUGCUUUUUAUACCAUAAAAAAGGAUAGCAUUUAUAUCUCCAGCUCUGGGUACAAAAAUUCAAAGGUAACAAAUUGUGAAAGAUUUUUAAAGAGUUUGGAAGAAAGCUUAACCGAUAUUCAAAUGAUUUUGACGGGUAGUAAACUGUGAUCUAUAGAGUCAUGUAUACUUUGGAUUUUUAUUUAAUAGAGUUUUGAAAGUUAUUUAAUACAUCAUAAUGAUUAUAUAUUUUUAUACAGUUAUCA